AUGUUGUAUCCCAGGGAGACCCCCACCAGGGAACACAAGGAGCUGAGUGGUAUGUGGAGUUUCCGGGCUGACACCUCUGCUGACAGGAAUGAGGGCUUCCACCAGCAAUGGUACAUGAGCCCGCUAUGGACGACAGGUCCUGUUAUAGACAUGCCAGUACCUGCCAGUUAUAAUGACAUCACUCAGAACAGCACUUUAAGAGAUUUCAUCGGAUGGGUUUGGUAUGAGAAGGAAGUUUGGUUGCCUAGAAGGUGGCUGGAAGACCAAGACCCUUCAAGAAUUGUUCUCCGUGUUGGCAGUGCCCAUUAUUACUCCGUUGUUUGGGUGAAUGGAGUUCAGGUUACACAACAUGAAGGAGGGCACCUACCUUAUGAAGCCAACAUAACUAGUCUUCUAAAAGGUAGUAAGGGAAUUCCCUGCCGCAUUACUAUUGCUGUGAAUAACACCCUGACACCAAAUACCUUACCUCCUGGAUCUAUCCAAUUCAUGGAUGACCCUACAAGAUAUCCCAAAGGAUAUUUUGUACAAAAUACAGAUUUUGAUUUUUUCAACUAUGCUGGUAUUCAUCGUCCUGUAGUCCUUUAUACUACUCCAUCAGUAUAUAUUGAUGACAUCACUGUAACUACUGACAUCAUUGGUGACAUGGGACUGGUGAACUAUCAAGUUAUAGUCACUGGAUCAGAAUACUAUUCUGUGGCUGUUACAUUGCGUAACCGGGAAGGACAAGAGGUAGCCACAGGGUUAGGUUCUUUGGGACAAUUAAAAGUAACCAAUGCAAGUCUUUGGUGGCCUUAUCUGAUGACUGCACACCCUGGAUAUUUAUAUUCUUUGGAGGUGAAGGUGACGGCAGAUACAGGUAGUGGUCAAAGUGAAGAUUUCUAUACCUUACAUGUUGGGAUAAGAACUGUUCAGAUAUCAGGACAGCAGUUCCUCAUUAAUGGAAAGCCUUUCUACUUCCAUGGAGUUAACAAACAUGAAGAUUGUGAUAUCAGGGGCAAAGGACUGGACUGGCCUACAGUUCUCAAGGACUUUAACCUGCUGAAGUGGCUUGGUGCAAACUCAUUCCGCACUAGUCAUUACCCUUAUGCAGAAGAAAUUAUGGACCUUUGCGAUAAGUAUGGCAUAGUGGUCAUCGAUGAAAGUCCAGGAGUGGGCAUAAGAUAUGCUGCAAGCUUUGGUAACCAGUCUCUGGAACAUCAUUUAACUGUCAUGGAGGAGCUGGUGCGCAGGGAUAAAAACCAUCCAUCUGUGGUUAUGUGGUCAGUUGCCAAUGAACCAUCUUCAGAGCUCCGGGAAGCAGGGUAUUAUUUUAAGACAGUGAUCUCUCACACUAAAAAACUGGACUUCUCUAGACCAGUCACUUAUGUUACAAAUGCCAGAUAUGAUAAAGAUCAAGGUGCCCCAUAUGUGGAUGUGAUCUGCGUCAAUAGCUACUUCUCAUGGUACCAUGACCCAGGCCAUCUUGAGGUGAUUCAGGUCCAGCUGAAUACGCAGUUUGACAAGUGGCAUGAAAAGUAUCAAAAGCCAAUAAUACAGUCUGAAUAUGGAGCAGACACCAUUCCUGGCUUCCACAGUGAUCCUCCAUUAAUGUUUACAGAGGAAUACCAAGAAGCUGUCCUAAGGAACUACCACUCUGUUUUUGACCAGAAGAGGAAAAUGUUUGUUAUUGGAGAACUCAUCUGGAACUUUGCAGACUUCAUGACUUCACAGGGAAUUACAAGAGUUAUUGGCAACAAAAAAGGCAUCUUUACUCGCCAACGACAGCCCAAAACAUCUGCUUUCAUUUUGCGGGACAGAUACUGGAAACUGGCCAAUGAAACUUGGUGUCACUCUCAACCAAAUUCUAGGUAUUAA